AUGUCGGGUGUGUCAUUAGCCGUGGCUGGUGGAGUGGAACCUCAUCAAAAGCAACGAGUAAAUGAACAAGAACAUGGUAGCAUGACCUUAAUGGGUUCGUUGCGUGUUAUAGAGGUGCAGUUAGUGGCCUUUGUAUUGGUAUUCUCAGCGAGUGGUCUAGUCCCUCUUCUUGAUUUAGCUUACUCUGCUCUUGUCUCUCUCUACCUAAUGGCACUUGCACGUUUUGCCUUUCCAUCAAACGGGUGUGGGCCCCAGCAGAUCUUUCUUGGGACCAGGCUUUUUCAAGGCUAUGUUAUUGUUGGAACCACCGUGGGCUUGUUCUUGCCAUUGGCCUAUGUGCUUGGUGGGUUUGGGAGAGGGGACAAGCAUGCAGUGAGAUGUGCAAGCCCACACUUGUUCUUGCUCUCUUUCCAAAUAUUGACUGAGAAUGUUAUAAGUAGUUUCUCACUGUUUUCUCCUCCCGUUAGGGCGUUGGUGCCCUUGAUGUACACUGUCCGGAGGAUCUUUGUGGAUAUUGAUUGGAUACAUAAUGUGUGGCUCAAGAAGACUUUGCCCCAAAAUGCUUACCUUAAGGAUAAGGCAUGGUUUUGGUUUGGGAGGGUAUUGGCGGUGGCUAAUCUGAUUUAUUUCUCCAUCAAUCUAUUUGGGUUCUUGAUACCAAGGUUUCUGCCUAGAGCUUUUAAGAGGUAUUUCCAAGAGAGGGGAGAAAUUUAUGCUAAGGUGGCCGAGGACAAGGGAUAUGCGGUCAAAAACAGAACCCAACCAUUGGAGAAGAAAUUAGAUUAA